UGUUUUUAUUCUUUUUGCUUCUCUCCGUCCUCUUGUGUACCCUUUGCGUCGUCGACACUCGACACCCUUGUCUUACCAUCGACUCGAGAUUCCUCCUUCGCCGGAAUAUUCCAUAUAUAUACACACAGAUAGAUACCUAAAAAUAUUAACAUCGCCGAUGAUGGACUGUUCGAUUCCGACUGAAAACGGCUCCGUUACCUCUGAACGUGAUAGAUCGGCUCUGAUAUUCCUCGGAACGGGAUGCUCCAGCGCGGUACCAAACGCAAUGUGCUUGAUCCAGCGAUCUGAUAGUCCCUGCAACGUUUGCUCCCAGUCGCUUUCGAUUCCUCCUGAGCGGAAUCCUAACUACAGGGGGAAUACUUCACUGCUCAUUGAUUAUUGCCAAAGUGAUGGCAAACAUAAAUACAUUCAAAUCGAUGUUGGCAAGACUUUCAGGGAACAGGUCCUUCGUUGGUUUACUCUUCACAAGAUUCCUCAAGUUGAUUCUAUCAUUUUGACUCAUGAACACGCGGAUGCAGUACUUGGCCUGGAUGAUAUACGUUCUGUGCAACCAUUUAGCCCUACUAAUGACAUAGAUCCUACUCCAAUAUUCGUAAGCCAAUAUGCUAUGGAUAGUCUUGCUGUGAAGUUCCCGUAUUUGGUUCAGAAGAAACUUAAAGAAGGCCAAGAAGUUAGGCGAGUAGCACAGCUAGAUUGGAGGAUAAUUGAAGAAGAUUGUGAGAAGCCAUUUGUAGCUUCCGACUUAUCAUUCACACCACUUCCAGUGAUGCAUGGAGAAGACUAUGUAUGUCUUGGUUUCCUUUUUGGUGAAAAAUCAAGAGUGGCGUAUAUAUCGGAUGUAUCACGCUUUCUUCCAAACACCGAGUAUGCUAUAUCAAAAUCUGGUGGUGGACAAUUGGACCUCCUUAUCUUGGACACAUUAUAUAAGACAGGAUCGCACAACACCCACUUAUGUUUCCCGCAGACACUAGAGACAAUCAAAAGACUGAGUCCGAAAAGAGCUCUUCUAAUAGGAAUGACUCACGAGUUUGAUCACCACAAGGACAACGAGUAUCUUGAAGAAUGGUCUAAAAGGGAAGGGAUUCCAGUAAAACUCGCUCAUGAUGGCUUGAGAGUCCCAAUAGACCUAUGAAGAGAUACAGGGAGAAAGAGAAAGAGAGAUCUCACAUGGCUCCACAUCAACAUUAUCACCGAAGUUUUUGUUUUGGGUUUUGUUUACUCGUCAAGUUUUAGUUAGAAUUUCUGACCAAACGACUGAUUAUUACUUUUUUUUUUUCAGCAGAUAUACCUGUUAUUUUACGAUGUUGAUUAAUACUUUGUCAAUCAAUUUUAUAAAAGGAAAAUUGAAGAAAAGAG